AUGACAACCGAACGCAGGCAGGCUCGCACGAGCACACCAGCCUCAGGCAGCUCUUCGCCCGUCAUUAUCACUCGUUUCACCCAAUCAGCACCAUCGCUGCAGUCCAAGAAGAACGUUGCUCCUCGCGUCUCUCGACGCUCAGCGCUUGCGGCAGCGCCCCGAAUCCUUCAAGGUGCUUCCACCUCUUCUGCCGAUCUGCACGCCGACAACUCGUUAGACGAUCCUAUCAUCGUGUCCGACACCGACAGCGACGUCGCAGACAGUCUAGAGGCUGCAGACAUCUUACGAGAGCACAUGUCCUCAUCCCAAGGCCCCAACGCAGCAGUCAAUGGUGCAUCUCAGCAUCUCUCGCGCACCUCUGCCCAUAGAGAAGAUGAGAGCCGCUCCUCCACCACGCUCGAUCGAUCUUACGCUACAUCGUUGAGCAGCGACCUCAAUGCCCUCUCUGACGGCAGUCUGUCAUCACUCAGCUCUGUGGAGUCGGAUAGCGAUGCCGCCGAAACGCCUGAUGACGACCGUAACAUGGCUUUUGGCAGUCCCAAAAGUACGCCUCGUCCCACGCGCAAACGCAACCCAGCAUACACGCCGUUGCGAGGCUCGCAAGUCACUCCAGAAGCGACAGCCGAAUCGUCAUCCUCCACCCCAACUCCUAGCCGCAGGUCGGCCCGGAUCGUUUCGUCAGGCUCAAGCGUCCAGAAAGCGCUUCAAAGGAGAGACGAACUCGAUGCAAAGAUGCUUGCUGUUCCAGUUCGACGCAAACCAGAGACGCCCGAGGCGCCACCGAUCAAGAGACCGGUGGGCAGGCCGAGAAAGGUGGUGGCGACAGCUGACACGGCGACGACAGGUAUCUUCCGUCCAGCCUCAUUGCAGGCAGAUGCAACUGCACCGGCGCAGAGUCCACCAUCUGCAUCCCCAACCAGACGCAGCGCACGGCUGUCGCUACCCUUUACGUCGGCAGCGACGGGCACGUACUCUCUGCCACCGAAGCCUGAAGCCGACGAAAACGUCUCACACGAGCUGAGACGCGGUACCCGCCCACGAGCAAGUGCACCGCAAUCUGGGGCGUUUGAGCGUCUGCUCGUGCCAAACUCUCCCCACGCCGUGCAGAGCUCUUCAGGCUCACCAAGCUCAGCUGUACCCAAGGCCAGCGUCGCGCCCAGUGGUGUCGUCGGUGGCCUUGCCGAGAGUGUUCCAGUACCACCCGUUAAACGUGGCCGUGGUCGACCGCGAAAGUCCCUGCCUAUCGUCCCGGCUCCGUCGCCGAUUCUAGCCACGUUGACCGUCGACCGCAAGGAGUCCGGUCUGGUCAGCCGUCUGCGUAAAAGGAGCUUGUCAACAGCCGGUCUCGACGCCGCGUCAGAGUCGCCAAUUGUCGUGGCUCAGGAGCAGGUGCAGCAGGGGACACCUCGACGCAAGAGGGGAAGGCCUGCGCGCAAAGAUGUCACCGGCACCAAGGAAGAGACACCCCGCGUGUCGCCAUCGCCCUUGCCUGAGCGAGUCUUGCACAGCCGCGCUGAUGCCCGCAAUUUUGACAUCGAUCUUCUCGAUGACGAUCUCAGCGAGCUCAGUGAUGUGAGCGACAUGUCGGUCGACUCAUCGCAGCCGUCUCGGUCCACUUCUCAAUCGGCUCAGCCGGGAGAGCGACGACGAGGCCGACCGCCUUCUGCCAGCACGUUGUUGGCCAAGAAGCUGAAACGCGCCAGCAAACUGGACAAGGACGGCAAAGUCUAUCACUGCACUGGUCUGUAUGCCGGUGAAGCAGAUGCUGUGCCUUCAACGUCAUCCGUCCGCCCGACCUCAACGCACAACAUGCUCUUACCUGAGCCUGUCCACUUUGGUGCCAAAUUGCUCUCGGAGGAGCGCGACUUUUGCUUGCCUUACCCCAUUCACCAGUCGAUGGACACGCUUCGCGAUCGUGUCAACGCCAAGCGCAAGCCGCCACGUUACCAGCAAAUCAGCAAGAACAAGUACUACUCGCGUGCCAAGCUGCAAGGCGAAGUGCCGCUUUGCAAUUGCGAACCGGGUAGCGGAUGCGGCAACGACUGCAUUAACCGUAUGCUCCAAUUCAUCUGCGAUCCCAGGACAUGCCCGAGUGGCGCCAAUUGCACCAAUAUCAGUCUCGGACGUCGACCCAACGUCAAGACCACAGUUGCCUACUACGGCCGUCGUGGCUUCGGUUUGAAGACGCUCGAGGCCAUCAACAGGGACGAUUUCAUCGACGAGUACCGGGGAGAGGUCAUCAAUCUUGGCGAGGCGGCCAAACGUGUGACCGAGGAGUACAAGGCCACCGGGAACUUUUAUCUGCUGGACUACGAUUCGGCUGCGGGCGAGCUGCUCGACGGUGGACGCAAGGGUAACAUCACCCGCUUCGCCAACCACUCUUGCGAUCCCAACUGCCGCAUCGAGAAGUUCAUCAUCUGCGGUACGGACGAGGCGCUAUCCGCAGAGUUUCAGAUCGGCCUCUUUGCCAACCGCGACGUUGCCGAAGGUGAGGAGUUGACCUACAACUACGGCUGGGCCGCCUUUCAACCGCGUGAUAUCACAGGUGCACCCACCGCGCAGGUGCCGACCGAGCAGUGUCUGUGUGGAGCUGCCAACUGCUCAGGCAUCCUCGGCGGCAAAAAGGCGCCGGUGAGCAAGGCGGUAGCAGAUGUCGUGACAGCCAAUUCACGCAAGAAGACGGCCAAGGGACAAGGCAAGGGGAAAGGAAAGAUGCGAAAGUCGAGCCAGAGCUCCAGCAUUCGCAUGCGCGCCAUGACGCCGAUGUUGAAUGUCUCCCGACUCUCCGCGGCGGCGAUGCCAAGCUCAGCGCUCCUAACCAGCAAGGCCAAGAGGGCAGCGAGGCAGCGCGAGGAGGCUCAAACGAGUCUGAACCUCCUCAACAAGAUCGUCAUCAAGCGUCGCGAGCGCUCAGCACGCGGAGCCAGGACCACAAGCCUGCCUGCGUCCGCAUUGAUCACAAAUCGCCCGGCAGCGCCGGUCAGCCCAACAAACACAGAGCCAGGUUCUCUGACAGGGAGUCAGAUCGGAAAACAAGCAUCGAGAUCGAAGGUCGGUGGAGCGGGCGGCGGAAAGAAGAGUGCUUCAAAACAUCAGGAAUCUGCUUCGUCCUCUGCGCCCACAACAUAUCCGGCGACAGAUAAGGCGGGAACCGCUUCUAUUCAAGGAGUCAGUUUGGAAGGAGGCAGCGGAACGGCUGGUGUUGAUCGUACGGUGCCCGAUGAUGCGCGUCCGAGUGCGACCAGCAUGGUCUUUUCGCGACUGCCACUCUUGAAACGAGUCACCAAGAAGAGACUGGGAGCUGGUUUUGGCCUAGGAGCUACGGGCGCUCGCGGUACCAAAGACCGCAGAUGGUCGGCGGCGGAAGCGCGCACGUCGGACAAUGACGACAGCUCGUCAUCUCGAUCCGACUCGGAGAGCCGCACGCCAGAGUUUCAAGAGGAGAGCGGCGAGACGAAGCAACCUGCCAAGCCCAAGAAGGCGGGUCGACGUGGUCGCCACAAGCUGCAGCUGAGCGAUGACGAGGCGGCACGACGGGCAACAGAACGCCGCGCUCGCAAUGCUUUCCUGGCGCGUGUGCGUCGUGCGUCGAAGCGGGGCAUCCUCAUCGACGAUCCGACGCAGCAUCCUCUGAAGAAGAUCAGCAUCCAGUGCACCGCGGCACCCGAAAACACAUACAUCCCGGACUUGCCUUCGUCGCUUGUGACGCUAGGCAUGACGACCGCGGAUGCACGUCGAGCGCGCAACGCUUUCCUAGCACGAGUGCGGAGGGCGAUGAAACGAGGCUAUGCCAAGGAGGUGGCCAUCAAGAUGGCGGCGAAACCGCUGCCAGGAGAUCCGGACCGAGACACGCCGGUGAUGAAGGCGCAACGAGCUUACAUGGAACAGCUCGAGCGCGACGCCGCCGACGAGCUGACGGGCUCCGUGUACGACACCGUUGGGACGAGCCAAGCGGCAACUGGGUCCAAUGCGUCAUCGGUAGCCGGAGACGAUGGGUGGAGGGACGAAUCGUCUUGGGCGGUUGCGCAGUGA